UUUUGCUUCCUUCCUCCAUAUGAUCGCCCGCGGCCCGAGAGUCAAACGUACGUCAAUACGUCAAGGUGGCACGUUCGCGACGAGCAAAAUAUAAUUAGUGCCAGCGACUAGGGACUCUGCUGCGCACGAAAUGCGUCGGCCGACAUUCGCCUGAGUGCCGCACUGCGUCGAUCAACAUCGCUACUCGAGGGACAGCGCAGGUAAAAUGGAGGCCGCUAAGGUCUGCACGCAGGUAGAAGCCACCGCAACGGUGGACUGUCACUUCUCUUUGCUGCCGAACGAGCUUUGGGUGCGAAUUCUUAGCUACAUGGACCCGGAAACCAUGUUAGCUGCAGCAGCAGCGUGGCCCCGUUUGGCCGAUCUCACGUGCAACCGCUCGGUCGUGGGCACCGUCCGCUUCUCGGCCGAGACGCUUUCGGAGGACACGCUGAGCCGCUUCCUGCGGGCACCUCGCGCUGCGGCCAUUUCUACCUUGGACCUCACCAACUGCGCCCUGCCUUCCUCGAACGUCGUCGAACAAGGACUGGCGCGAUGCGUCAACCUCGCCACUCUUCGGUGCGUCAACUGUCGCCUAAGCAGUCGCGCGCUGUUCCAACUCGUGCUGACCAGGCUGCAGAAACUGGAGACUCUCCACUGGUCGCUGCUGGGUUGUCGCGGCGGCGGCGACGAGAUGGGGCCCGCCCUGAACGUGCUCGACGGCGGCAAGUUCAGCCGUCGUACGACUGCCGUUCGUUUCAUGUACGUCGAACUAGUCGAGAGCGCCGUCCACGUGCACGCGCUCAGCCGGUUCCUGCCGCGGUGUCCCCGUCUGCGCGACCUGCACGUGCACGUCCUAGGCGUCAGCAGCUGCGAGGCCUGCUCUCCAGGCGCCCCGACGGCGUACGGUGACCGCCCCCUGGCCGAGCUCGAGCGCUUCACGUACACGACGGACGCGGUGAGAGGCCGCUGCCCGUACGCGUCGCGCUCGGCGUUCAUCGAGUCCCGAGAACUGUGGCACCUUCUGCUGGGCGACGACGAGCCGCUCGUGCAGGCCUUCCGAGGCUACGCAACGCUGUGCAACAACGUGGCGUUGCGCGUGCGACCGCGCAAGUCCCGAAGCUGCGUCCACCUCUCCGAGCUGCUCGCAGGCGACGGGGUGGCCGACGCGAUGCCUCGCAUGUGCGUCACCGUCGACGAGCCGGCUCAGCUGUCGGCGGCCGCGGGGGCCGACCGCUGGUCUUCGCUGGAAGCACUGACACUGCUGUCGCCGUUGCCGCUCAACCGGCCCACGUUCCCUCCGGGCGUUGGAGCCCCGUACGAGGCGCCGCUCAAGUCUCUGCUGGCCGCCUGCUCGGCGCUGCGCGAGCUCAACCUGAGCCGCUUCCACUUCACGCCGGACCUGUCGUGCUGCGCCCUGCUGGCCUCGUCUUGCCCGCGUCACCUGAAGGCGCUGUCGUUGCCGGCGUGCGCCCUGGCCGAGCCGAACUCCCUCGAGGACCUCGCCCGCGCGCCUUUCGCCCUGCGGGAGCUGGACAUCCGGGGCAGCGCGACGACCGCGCACAGUGUGUGCGCCGUGUGCAGCGACCCCCGCACGUGCUGCGAGUCGUCGCUAGCGCCGCUGGCGGCACUGGGGCCUCUGCGGCGGCUCACCCUGUGCGGCCUGAGCAACGUGCACAGCAUUCAGUUCCUGGCCAACUGCCGGAUGCGCGAGCUGCGCCUCUCCCACUUGGGUCGCAGGGGACUGUGCUGCUACGUCCAGGGGCUGGGCACCGUGCUGGCAGCCCGGGCAGCCGACCUCCGCCUCCUCAAGAUGGAACACAACGCGCUCACGCUCAGCUCGAAGCUUCUGCUGCACCAGUUCACCAAGGCGACGUCCCUGGAAAUGCUGUGCCUGACUUCCAGCGCCCAACUGCGCCCCAUCGAGCAGCAGCAGUUACUUGACACGCUGGUUCCACAGCUCCCGAAGCUGCGCGUGCUGCACGUGCACGCCCCAAACCUGCGGCCUUUUUCGCAUCUAGCCCCGGGUCAGCCGCGGAUUUGCUUUGACAGCAGCAACAGUGACAAAGUCAACCCCACCAUUGUCUUCACCAACGAGCUGAGCAUUCUCUGCCGGGCAUGCAAUUUCAUUGGGCUUUCCAAGCCGCACAACCGGGACCCCGAGCCCCUGCAGAUGGAAGCUGCCAAUGGCUGAAAGGAUUGGCAUGGGGCGGCCACAUCCUUGUGAAGAAUGAAAAGGCAGGUUGGGUUUGUUUUGUUGCCCGCUGUUCUUGAACGAGAAUGUGGCAACAACGUAAAGUACAGGCUUGUUCUUUCUGGUCUGCUACGCAGCAGUUAAUAUUUCAUUUGUGGAAGGCAAGUGCAGUGAUUGUGCAUAGUGGUUCCUUUUUCAUUGCAUUAUGAUGUUUUGUUGAAACCAUUAACCACUCCUCUUGUUUACCGUAGUGUGGCUUUUGUGUUGGCUGUAAAACAGCCACGUGUGGGGCAUUGACAGUGAAGGAUUUGAUGCUGAAAGGUUGAGAAGUAAGUCCUCUCGGGUACAUUUUUGGUCUUACUGUCCGGAAAAGAAAAGAGAAGUGAGCAGAUGGGGGAGAAAAACGGGAACAGGGGAGGCCACCAGACAAGCCACGUGCAAUGUGACAUCUUGUCAUUGCUCACUUCUGCACAUCUUGUGGCUCAACGUGUGCAGAGUGAGUUGCUAGUCCCGCUGCUGUGACCUUGCAGUCUAGCGUUGUGAAUAUAAAUGAGAAGGUAGUGAAUGACACAGCCCUCUUUGUUUCUCUGCUAAGGUCACAGCAAGCACAAACUGUUAACCAGGCUCUUUGCGACAUCUCUCAGAGUCUGAACAGAACGGCUGCUUGCUUGCCACCAGCUUCUUUAUUUUCCACAUUAGGACUGUUUUGUCAGUUGACGAGCAUGCUGUGUAGAUGCACUUUCUCAACAUCUGAUUCAUGCUGCGGGAUAAAAGCCAAA